AGUCGCUCGUCCUCGACCUCAAGCUCUGCUACGGCCUCGACGGCGCGGCGGGCGACGUCGUCGCGCAGGUCCUCCGGGCCGCGCGGGCCGCGGGCGCCGCCGUGUCCUGCGCGGCCUGCGGCGCGGACGUCGCGCGGGGGCUGCGGGCCGUCGCGGAGGGCGGCGGCUUCGACGUCGAGUUCUUCGCGACGCUCGACGGCGCGCUCGACGCCGCGGAGGACGCGCUGCUGCGGCGGCGCGGCGUCGACGGGGGCGCGGGGCCGCCGGCGAAGGGGCUCCCGGACUCGCCGCCGCCCGCGCGCGACGCCGCGGGCUUCGCGCGCGCGCUCGCCCUCGUCGCGGCGCGGCACCCGGCCGUCGACGUGGAGCCGCUCGCGGCGCUGCGGGCC